AUCCAAAUAUAUCUCACUUAUUCCAUUGAAAGACCGUUCGACUUAACAUACUACGCGUUGUUUGACACUACCUCACCUUUGCCACCAGAUUCAGACGCCAUUUAUUGCUAUGAAGAAGGAUGAGGACGAGGCGGCCUCACGUCUUGCCGCCAAUAUACCCCGAAUAGAAGACGCCUCGACGGUCUUGCCGAAGCCGGUAGCAAGUGCCAUCAGUCUCGUCACGAAGUCAUCAGCCCUAUACCUUCGCCUCGGAACACUUGUGGGCAAACUUGCUAUCGACGGAGCGCGCGUUACCACAGUUACAGGUCUAGAACUGAGCCGCGCCGUGGUUGAGCGCAUACUGUUCAGUGCCGGUGAAGAUGUUGUGAAAAAUAGCACUGGUCAAAUAGGGCGACAGGAAGCCGAGGGGCUACUCGAGCGGAGCAUCGCAAGGCUGCACUCGACGAUAACACAUAUAUCAUUUGCAGCAUCCGCCGGCUUUCACCUAUCUUCCGCGGGCCUUUCGGCGGCAUCAGACGUAUCACAGCAUCUGUUGAUAACCCUCGACUCGAUAUUCGGUUCGACCGACUCCUCUCGUGCCAUCGCGAGUAUUAUCACGCUUGUGCGGAGGGAGUUCCAGAACCCAGCUACAGGACAACCAGGUGAAAAAGUAGGAGUGGUGGAUUUACUGGUUGGAGUGUGUGGCCUUGCUUUACUUCAGCAAUGGUGUAAGAAGUCGAGCGAGCAAGAAGCCCAAGAUGGACACUAUAAAGAUAUCGUAUGGGAUGUUGUCAUCCUCGAUGACGGUAGCCCUGCCGACACGGGAGAACCUUGGCUCAUAACAGCUGCCGAUGUUGGGCAAGGAAUGCAAGAGAACAAUACACGAGACCUUGCAGUGGAGGACGACGGAGAUGGACCCGAGGCUCGCCUGCGGGAACGCAUUAUGCAAUCGUUACCUCCAGAUGCCACUGUAUCAAUAACCACUGAAACAACAACAACGAAGGUGACGACUGUAGAGAUCAGUGGUGCCCAGCCUCUUGACCUCUUGCCACCUCCGGGGGCCGAAGUGAUUGAAGAAAAUGCUCACCACUUCGACAACGGAAAUUUUGCCGACAGCCAGAAUGUCUCUCAUCCGCAGUCUCGAUACCGUGUUGUCUACCGGACCGUGCAUAACAAAAUCCGUGGCACAGAUGUCUUAGCAAAGGAUGGACCGGAUACUUCAUUUACUCAGGCAAAGGUGGAAGAGCUUCCCGAUACACGAGCAGAUAUGGACUGGCAACCCGAGGACGUAGAACCACUUCUGAGUGAGCACUUGCCGAGCAAUACCGCAAAUUCCAAGAGAGCCAGGCAGUCGCAUAGCACAUCGUCUCACCAGACUCGAGGUGGCUCAAGCUGCCCUUCCACCCGCACCUCGGAUUCGACAAGCAAAAUGCCAAUGGCGAAAAAAGCGAAAGUUGAUACACCGAAUAAGAAGGGUACCGAGAAGAGGGGGACAUUACGUGAUGCUCUCCGGAAGGGGCCACAGGCAACUAUUUCCAAUAUCUUGGGUAAAGACACCCAGGUUGCCGCCACCUCCUACUCGACGAAACCGAUCCCGCCCUGGCAGAUGUCUGGCGUCGCUGGGUCUAGCAAACGACCGGAAUCUAAGCCGGCGAGGCCGCCACACCUUCCAGUGCCGGAUCGAAACUCAAGUAAUAUGCGGACAGGAAGUGUUCCACUUGUUGCUAAAUCCACUUCUCCACGUCCGCUAGAUGAGGUACAAUAUAACCAUCCAAAACCCCAUUCAAGAUCCCAUUCUCGCGCAAGCUAUUAUGAGGUUCACGAAAGACGACGGGAUUCUAUAGUAUCUCAGACAGACACCUACUCUGUACACUCUACUGAUACUUCCCGGGCUUCGUCGCCGACCCAGUUGAGAUCACACAUUAGAAACCAAAGCAACCUGAUGCGUACCCGGUCUAGUAAAGAUUUGAACAUUAUCCCUUCAUCAUACCAACGACAUUCGAAAACUCCCGAGCCUUCGCCAUUAUUUGCUCAUCGAAGCACAAAUUCGUAUGAUCCCAGUAUCUAUACGCUGAAAACGAACAAUUCGGAAACGUCACUAGUGUUGACUCAUCUCAGCAAAGGUGCCUUUGACGAUGAAGAAUCCGUGCAGCUAUUGAGAAGAAAUGGCUCGGUUCCAGGCCUCUACCCUCGCAAUCAUUUGGUGCAGAAUAUCAGUCGAUUUGCUCGGUUCGCGUCUGCUUCUUACGGAUCGAAUUUCAUGAGACUCAUGGGGAUAUCUGCUACCCCCACCAGCAGCUCAGCAAUUCCCGAUUCAUCUCAUCAUUACGAGCACCAUUCGUUCAGUUCCCACACGCAACUUCCAUCAUCUACAAUUUUACUCAGCUCCUUUGUGGACCCCCAGGGUGGCACAGAUUCUGCGGGGAAAACAGGGACCAGCGUCCCUCUUGUGCACUUUAUAUCAUUGGACCAUGAGUCUCAAGCCGUUGUAUUAUCGUGCCGGGGUACGUUGGGAUUCGAAGAUGUCCUGACUGAUAUGACAUGUGACUACGACGACAUGCAUCUCCGCGACAGGAGCUACAGAGUCCACAAGGGAAUCCAUGCUUCUGCCCGCCGACUUAUUUCCGGCGCCGAGUCACGCGUCCUAGCGACCAUAGCAGCCGCUCUCGAAGAGUUCCCAACAUAUGGGCUCGUGAUGUGUGGACACAGUCUUGGAGGCAGCGUGGUUUCGCUACUCGCGAUAAUGCUAGCCACCCCUGGAUCAGAUCCAGAGCACAACGCAUUCGUAACAACAACCGGGCCACCGCAAUCCGGCCUGCCUCACACAUCCUCUCCAAACACAACCAACGCAUCUCCACAAGCAAUAUCUCUCCCAGCGGGCCGUCCAAUCCACGUCUACGCCUACGGCCCGCCGGCCACCCUAUCGCCCUCCCUCCGCGGCCUUACCCGCGGCCUCAUAACCACAAUUGUCAACAAAAACGACCUCGUCCCCUCCCUCUCCCUCGGCGUCCUCCACGACAUCCAAGCCGUCGCAUUAGCAUUCAAAGCCGACUCCACGGGGGCCGCAUCACGUGUGCGCGCCCGCGUCUGGAACAGCCUAUCCAGCGGCCUGAUGGAGCAGUGGUAUCGCGGGGACUACGUGCACGGCACCGGGCCAAGCGAGGAGGACGACCAGUGGGCGUGGGCCACGCUCAAGACGCUGCGGGCAAGCAUGCAAAGCGAGAAGCUGGUUCCUCCCGGGGAAGUGUUCCAGGUUGAGACGACGGCGGUGUUAAGGCGAGAUGCGUUUACGGUUGAUGGGAAGUACGGGCUGGGGAGGCCGGCGACGAGGGCUGUGUUGAGGUAUGUGAGAGAUGUGGAGGCGGUGUUUGGUGAGGUGCAGUUUGGGGGCGGGAUGUUGGGGGAUCAUAGUCCGGGGAGGUAUGAAAAUUCUUUGAAGGCUUUAGGGAAGGGUGUUUUGGGGGGCUUGCGAUAGGCGAUAUGUGAGAUCUUUUGGAGGCAUGUAUUAACGUAUACCAUAUAGAUUACAUAUUUGAAAUGUACAUUCUAUCUUUGCUUACUUAUUACUACAACCCGGAUCUGGAGGCAUACAUACCCCCACUUUGGCUUGUCACUAAGUUAGUGAAUGUCUCAGGCCGACGACCCUGACUUGAUAUGGACAUUCACUAGUGACAGGCCAAAAUAAGUGCGUCAAGGAAAGAGCAAUAUAUGGAAUGACAGCCACCAUUCUACUAGUACUGUCAAUUUAUCUCAUAAACCCCACUAUUAAUUGCAAAUACUACAUGGUUUCGGGCUUUGAGCUACUUUCGAGAAAGCGCUCAAGUGAGAAAUGGGAAGACGAACGGUGGCAUAUUAAUACAAGGCCGAGAAAAUGAGGACCAGAGACACUAUUUAAACAGCAGUUGUGUUGAAUAAUCCAUUAUUAUUAUAGGCUUGAUGUUUGGCAGAAAAAAAUUCUACAAUCAUUUGCCUGUCUCGUGAUACCAACAGUUGGUGCAUGAAACAGUUUGGCGCCGCCAGGCGUUUAUACGGUUCCCUUAUAUGUACUACUUACUGUCUUGGCGCCCCCAUUCUCGAUCCGCAUUUGCAGUAUCACAUAACGACGCGGACAACCACCAGGGGAGCUCACGCAAUGAUCCGCAGCACGUAUUCACAAUUACCAUGAAUCUCAUAGCCACCCGACAACUCUCCGCGAGGGUGUGCCAUCAGCCAGUCUCCCCACCACCAGGGCCGCCGCAGCCUCGCCGCCAUGGCCUCGCCCGCAAACUCGAUUCCCGACACCUCGCUCGGCCUGACAGCCGAUGAGAUACAGGUUCUACGGCGCGCGCAGAUCGAAGCCGCCAACGCUGCAGCCGGG